AUGCUGCGGGAGCGAUCGGCGCUCGGGGCCGGAGUCCCGGCCCGGCGGCUGCUGCCGGCGCUGCGCCGAGCUCGAGGUGCUGAGCGGGGACGGCACCGGCACCGGAGGACCGAGGCUGGCUUGGAGCUGCGAUGGGCUUUGGCAGCGGUACGGGGAUCGGCAUCGUCGGACUCGCUGCGGGGUGGGCGCUGGGGCCGAGCUCGGCAGGGCCGCUCGGGCCGGGGAUCUGCCGGGGCCCGGUUGGGGGAGAACGGCGGCGCUUUCCUCGUACAGACGCGGAACCCGGACCGGGACCGGCCGGGGCGCGGGGACACGCCGGGCCGGCCCCGGGACCCCCCGAUCCCGCCGGGCCCGCAGCGCCGCCCGCACCCCCCGCGGGAUCGGAGCUCCUCCCUCUCGGGCACCCCCGAGGCCAUCGCACCCCCCCCCGAAGAACAUCGCCCGCCUCCCUCUUCCCCGCGGCCCCAGGAGGUUCCCGCCCGCAGGGCCCCCCGGGAACGAGGGCUCUGGGGCCCGCCGGGGCUCCGGCCACGGGGAGCCGGGGCCCUGCCGGGGCAGGGAAGAACGGGGGCAGCCGCUGCCUCGUUCCUCCCGUGCUCCGGGACCCCGAGCAGAGCUGCCCGUCUGUCCCCGCGUCCCUGUGUCUGUCCUCAGGCGGCCCCAGGAGCCGGCGCUGACCGUGCCGCGGGUCGGGCACAGGCUGCUCCCGGCUCUGCCUGCGGAACUUCGGCAAUUGCCCCCAGCAGUUCUUUGCCCUGCCAUCCAGAAGGUGCGGCUCCUCUGACACCUGCCAGACGGGGAAGGUCCUGCCUGGGAGGGAAACGGCUACAGCAGAGGAAACCAAGAAACGUUCCAACCGGACGCUGCCGCGCGAGUCAAAGGAGGGAAGGACCGCAGGGAGGUUUUCCGGCCGUGUCCGGGAUUCACCCAACGGCUGCAAAGGUGCUCGUGUGACUUCCGAGCUCAUUUCCAGAGAUAAAGGAGCCAAACGAGUCCGGAGGGAUCCUUCGCUCCGAAGCAAAGGCGUCGGUCGAGUGUCGCCGCCUGGUCCCGCCUGCGGGGGGGCGUCUCCUCCAGGUGAGCCUUCGGAUCCCAAA